GACCGUUGACAUGAUAUGUGAGAAAUCUUGUAUGGUCUGAAGAAAUUAAGGUUCAUGGUCUCUAUAUGCUGUGUUCAAUUGAUAUAGUGAAAGAAUUCAGAUACAUUCAAGUAUUGAAGGUUUGGGACAUAUUGCAGUUAGAGGAUAUUGAAAAGUUGGUCAAACGUCUUGACAGCAUCUUUGAUGCAUAUACUGAUGAUUUUAUCAGUUGUUGCAAUGAGAAAUAUUUGGAGGGGGAUUUGGAGGUUCCAGGAACAUGGAAACCGUCCUUCAAUGUUGUCCGGUACAAAAGUAAGAGUCACAAUGAAAGUAGAGGCAAUUCAAAUGCCAUAGCUUCUGAUGGAAGAUGUUAUGUUGAGAACUCAAAAGUGAGUGAUAGCCUGUUGCUGAUGAAAUUCUACUCAUUAUCAUCUGGAGUUGUGAGCCACUUGCUAUCUGAUCGUGAUGGCAGAGAACUAGAUCUACCCUUUGAAGUGACGGACCAAGAAUUGGAGAUAAUUUUGUUUCAAAGAAGCACUUUUAUAUUAGGACGUUCAGGUACUGGGAAAACUACAGUGUUAACAAUGAAGUUGUUUAAGAAGGAGCAGCUGUACCAAAUGGUAAAUGAAGGAUACGAAGAAGGCCAUUGCAGCACCUCUGAAGGUGUUUCCCACUGGAACAGUCUUGAGGAUGUUGUGGUGGAGCCUAAGAAAACCUUUUUACGUCAGCUUUUUGUUACAGUCAGCCCUAAACUCUGUUAUGCCGUCAAACAUCAUGUUUUGCAGUUGAAAAGGUUUAUAUCUGAUGGGAAAUACUCUACAGAGAGCAGUUUGCCAGAUGCAUAUGAUUUUGAUGAUGCAACACCAUUCAGGGGCAUACCAGAUUCCUUUGUUGAUAUCUCUCCCGGUUCAUUCCCUCUUGUUAUAACUUUAAAUAAAUUUUUUAUGAUGCUUGAUGGAGAACUGGGUGAUUCGUAUUUUGAAAGAUUUCCUGAUGCAAGGGAGUUGUUGCAUGGGAAUAAUGGAGGUUUGGGAUCUCUUGCCUUGCAGACUUUUAUGAGAACGAGACAAGUUGACUUUGACAAGUUUUGUGUAAUUAUUGGCCCCAUUUGAAUACUCAAAUAACGAAAAAGCUUGAUCCGUCAAGAGUUUUUACUGAAAUAAUAUCACAUAUAAAAGGUGGUUCACAAUCAGCAAAGUCUUGUGAUGGUAAACUCAGCAGGAUGGAUUAUGUUGGACUUUCUGAGGGUCGGAUGUGCACCUUAAACAGUCACAAGAGAGAAUUAAUAUAUGAUAUUUUUUUAGAUUAUGAAAAGUUGAAGUUGGAAAAUUGUGAAUUUGACGUAGCUGAUCUCGUAAUUGAUCUUCAUCGCCGACUUAAAAAUGGAAAAUAUGUGGGUGACAUGAUGGAUUUUGUUUACAUUGAUGAGGUGCAAGAUCUUACCAUGAGCCAGAUUGCUCUUUUCAAGUACAUCUGCCAAAAUGUGGAAGAGGGUUUUGUUUUCUCUGGAGACACGGCUCAAACAAUUGCAAGGGGUAUUGACUUUAGGUUUGAAGACAUAAGAUCUUUGUUCUACAAUGAGUUUAUUUUAGAAUCAAAAAGUGAAGGAAAUGAUGGGAAAAAGGAGAAGGGUCAAAUAUCCCGAAUCUUUCACUUGAGCCAGAAUUUUCGCACCCAUGAUGGUGUUCUAAGGUUGGGCCAAAGUGUAAUUGAUCUUCUUUACCGAUUUUUUCCCUUCUUCAUUGAUGUGUUAAGCCAUGAAACGAGUCUUAUAUAUGGGGAACCUCCAAUUUGGCUUGAUUCUGGGAAAGAUGAAAAUGCUGUUGCAACCAUUUUUGGGAACAUUGAGAAUGGAGAACGGAGCUUCGUUGGAUUUGGAGCAGAGCAGGUCAUAUUAGUUCGGGAUGAUUCUGCAAAGAAUGAAAUUGUCAAGUAUGUAGGCAAGCACGCCCUUAUUUUAACUGUAGUGGAGUGCAAGGGUCUAGAGUUUCAGGAUGUGUUAUUGUACAAUUUUUUCAGUUCAUCCCCCCUGAGAAAUCAAUGGAGAGUGAUCUAUGAAUACAUGAACGAACAAGGGUUGCUUGAUGGUAGUUCUCCCAGGUCCUUUCCAAGUUUCAAUCGUGCAAAACACAAUGUUCUAUGCUCUGAAUUGAAACAGUUAUAUGUUGCUAUAACUCGCACUAGGCAAAGAUUUUGGAUAUGUGAAAACAUGGAGGAGUUUUCAAAACCUAUGUUUGAAUAUUGGAAGAAAAAGUGCCUAAUUGAAGUCAGGGAAUUAGAUGAUUCACUGGCGCAAGCAAUGCAAGUUGCAAGCACUCCAGAGGAGUGGAAGUCACGUGGUUAUAAGCUUUUACGUGAGGGUAACUAUGAGAUGGCAACAAUGUGUUUUGAAAAGGCAGCAGACAAGUAUGGGGAGAAACUGGCAAAGGCAACUGGACUGAAAGCGGCUGCAGAUCGCAUGCAUUUCUCAAAUCCUGAAAUGUUCUCCAUUACAUGCAGGGAGGCUGCUGAAAUUUUUAAUUCCAUUGGCAAGGCAGCUCUUGCUGCAGAAUGCUUUUACAUGUUAAAGGACUAUGAAACAGCAGGAAAAAUAUAUUUGGAAAAAUGCAGUGAAUCUUUCCUUGAAAGAGCAGGAGAAUGCUUUUUACUAUCUAAAAAAUACGAGUCUGCAGCAGAAGUCUAUGCUCGAGCCAGUAACUUCUCUAAAUGUUUAUCUUGUUGUGCCAAAGGAGAACUGUUUGAAAUGGGUUUGCAGUAUAUAAAAGACUGGAAGCAGCACACAAGCACUGAUGAUGAGCUGCUGAAAAGAAGAAAAGAGAUGGAGAAAGUUGAGCAAGAGUUUCUAGAAAAUUGUGCAUCUCAUUUUCAUUUGCUAAAUGAUAACAUAACCAUGAUGAAGUAUGUAAGAGCUUUUCAUUCCAUGGCUUCGGUAAGAACAUUUUUGAAGUCUUUGGGAUGCCUUGAUGACCUUCUAGCAUGGGAAAUAGAAUCUGGGAACUUCCUGGAGGCAGCAGACAUUGCAAAGCAGAGAGUUGAACUUCCUCUUGCAGCUGAUCUACUUGGGAAAUGUGGGCAUUACAAGGACGCAUCGAUGCUUAUUUUGUGGUUUGUCUUUGCCAACUCUCUUUGGUCAGCUCAGAGCACUGGGUGGCCCUUAAAGCCGUUUAAAGAUAAGGAGGAACUUCUAGCAAAAGCUAAAUCAUUUGCGAAGAAUGAGACAAACCAGUUUUAUGAAUUCAUCUGUGCUGAGGCAGACACUCUAUCAAGUGAGAGAAGUAACAUACUCGUGCUAAAGCAACAAUUGGACAGGGCACAAAGUCAUAGAAGCAUCAGAGGCGAAAUACUAUCUGCUCGAAAGAUUCUGGACUCUCAUUUUGUUAUAAACACCUCGAAGUAUGUCUGGGAAGAUGAAAUGAUUUUUGACCUAACAAGACACUCAGAAGACAUACUUAACGAUAAUCAGGUUUCUGUUGAGACACUGGUAUACUUUUGGAACUAUUGGAAGGAUAAAGUGGUGCAAAUUUUUGAAUAUCUCAAAAAUGCUGGAAUCCAAGAUGUUACUGAAUAUAGAAGCUAUGGAGAUUUUUGUUUAAAUUACUUGGGUGUGUGGAGGCAGUUCAACAAUCUUGACACUCUCUAUAUUUUGUUAAAAUCUAAUGUUGAAUGGGUCAGCAAUGACCGAAGAUUUUUGCAGAACAAUGGGAAUCUGUUUUCCAUUGGAAUCAAUUGCUUAGUCUCCACUGCCCGAAAUUACUGGCGCUCAGAAUUAUUUUCUGUUGGUUUGAUAGUGUUAAAAAAUCUUGAGGCACUUUAUAAGGACUCAAUCAAAAAUAACUUCUCUUUUUUCCGACGAAGUUUGUCUCUAACUCACAUCUGUGAAGUUGCGAACUUCCUUCUGAAACCAGAAUUUCUGAGCAGCCGGUACAAUGCUGGAACUCUGCAAGAUUUUAUUAGGAUAUCAACGAAGAACAUCUUGGACUGCAUAUUUCAUCUUAACUGGCAGGAAGCAUUGAAAGACAACCUGAUUCAUCUGAGAGGAACUGAGACAUUAAGGAAAUUGCUUGAGGAGGUUGCAUUUGAAAUCAUCAACUCAAAGAACAAGAUAUAUUAUGGGGAAAUUGGAAGGUUGGCAUUGAUAAUUCUUGGAUCUGGUAAAGUUAAAAGUGAAAUGUGUCUGAAGAUUGCAGAAAGGUUAAGAUGGAAUCAACCAUGGAAUGCUUUCUUCAAAAAUCUCAGAAGAAUUUCGAAUUUUCAUGAGGUUGUUGUAGAUACUUAUAAUGCCAAUUGGAGGAGAAACGACUAUAUCUCACCUGGUUGCUUCCUGUAUCUUCUUGACCGUUAUGUGUUUUUGUUGUCUUGCUUGAAGAAGGUGUACAUAUACACUACGAAGUUUUCCUUGAUUGAGUGGCUUAUUUGUCAGGAAGGGAACACUCAAUCAGCAGAUGGUUUAGUGGAUGAUGAUCUGGAUCAACAAACCUUGGAACAUUUUCUCAUAUACAUAGUAGAAACCAUCUUGAAGCUUCUUUACAACGAGGAGGAUACAGCACUCUGGAUUAAACAUCAUCAUAAAAAUGUGAAUGAGUGCUAUUCUCUUCUGGUGUCAAGAUUGAUUGUUCUAUUAUGUUUGCUUUACCUGAAUUUUCAGAAUUGCUUUCCCUUAAAUUUGCUUGUUGACUUGCUGCAAAAGAAACGAUUGCCGUCGGGUUUCUUUGAUGCUAUUCAUAGAGGACUGAAUUAUAGGAAACCAAAUGAAAAAUUGUUUGCAGAAGCAUUUAAAAAAACUGGAAACCCUCUUGUGAUCUUUUCGGUGGGGGAAUUUUUCCCAAAACGCGUAUGUACAAAUGCCAUUUAUGUGGAAAUGAAGGCUCAGCAAACAACAGAGGACAUUUUAAAAGUCCUUGUUCCCCCAUUCACUUCAGUUUCUAAGAAACUGACAGGACUUGCUGAGGUGAAAGCUACUAAUUUGUGCAGAGUAGUAAUUUCUACAGAUAAUUCAGAGAAGAGCUCCAAUCACCUGUCUUCAAACUCAAGUUCCCUUGUUGGUCAAGGUUCGAGUAACUGUAACAAAAAUGAGGGUAAUUUGCGGAUGAACCAUCUAAAAUUUUGGGAAAUACUUGAUGCUUUAAAGUCACAGGAUAAUGUAAAAGAUAAAAGUAGCUCUGUAGUGGAUGCUUCUGUGGUUAAGGUGGAAUUGGAUCGGUGUAUUAAUGUUUUAAUUGCUGCAACGAAUGGAUCUGCCCAGAAGUCUUCAGAUUCUGUGGACCUCAAACUCAUCGGUCAAAUGAGAUGCAUGAUUGUUGAAACAAAGGAACUUCGUGCUGCACUCCAAUUGGAUAGUGCUUUCAGCGACCUGAAAGGUUCAGAUAAGGUUUCAAGUGUUGAAGAACUUUGCAAGACGCUACAGUCAAGAAGACCUACAAUGGAACCAGUAUUGAAUCAAUUAUACUUACAGCAAAAUAUUACAACUUCGGAUGAAGACUCGGGCUGCCAGUUUUGCCCAGAAAAUGGCAACGGCAAGACUGAGGAAAGCACAGGAAAUGACGACAGCAAGAGUGAGAAAAAUUGCAGCAGGGAGACUGAAGAAAAGGCUUCAAAAGUUAAUGCAGAUUCAGGUAACAACCAGGCAGUGGAGAAAAAAGGACAGGGUGGCGGCGGCAGCAAAUCCAAGAAGAAAAAGAAGGGGAAAGGCAAGCGUAAGUAGAGCAUUUGUAUAUGAAUCAUUCAGGAAUCAGGCUAUAUUGUUGUCUGUAAAGUUGUACUCGUUUGUAGUCAUAGUAACUUCAGAACAUAUACCAUUGCCAAAAAUGUAUUACCGCAUUUGAUUUCUGC